CUUUUUCUUCUCGUUCAGCAGCUAACAACCAUGGAGACAGCCCUUUCCACCCCCCAUAAUAUCCAGAUAUGUGAGGUGACCUGCGAUUCCUUCCGCAUCGCCUGGGACAUGACCCCUGAGGAUACUGCCAGGGCUUCACACUUCUUCAUAGACCUGAGCCGCAAGGAGGGCGGGGAUCUCAACCGCUUUAAACACAGGGUGUGUCUGACAGACUGUCACCGCUUUUCUCCCUCAUAAACCCUCCCCAGGCCCCCCCAGCCUUCCUCCUUGACUCAAUGACUAUUACUCUUGCCACCGAUCGUGACUCUGACUCCCACUGUCUAGAUCCAUGUUCUUUACUUCUCAUCACAGGAGGCUGGGGAGAACGGCUCAUAAUAAUGGCUGGAAUAGAGUGAAUGGAAUGGUAUCAAACACAUGGUAACCAUGUGUGUGAUGGUUUUUGUUACCAUUCCAUUCACGCCGUUCCAGCCACGACUAUGAGCCCGUCCUCCCCAAUUAAGAUGCUACCAGCUGCCUGUGUUCUAAUCCCUCCAUGUCCCUGUUCUCCAAUAUAGACAUUUCACUACAACAUGUGAUGUAAUAUGUUUUGAUAUAACCCAAGAUGGCCUAGCAUGAGACAGUGUCUAUGCAUAACUAUAGAUAAAAGCCUGGUAAUAAGUGUAUCUGAUACUGCAGCAGUUACAACCCAGAGAGCAGUGGUAGUGCCCUUUAAGUCACUUCCAGUGCUGGACAAUGAGAAUCGUGCGCUGCAAAACAGCUUUGGGCCAAGUGACUCAUGGGCACAUUCGUUUCCUCUUGAAUGACCCAAAAAAAACAGACAAAGCCUAAAGACUACAGCUCGGUUCUCUUUACUAUGAACUGUGAUUUUAUUCCAGACCAGUCACUGAACUGAUUUACUGUAUACUACCCAUUAUUUCUUCAUUGUCUUUCUCUCAGCAUGAUGUUGGGAGUCAAAGAAUAUAGGCCUAGCUAAUUGCAAUCAGUAUUUGAAAUACAAGAAUGAUUUAAAUAGAAAAUUAAGUGACCAUUCGUUAUUCACAAUGGUAUCCUUCCAAACAGACUGAAAUGAUGCACUACCACAGAUUAAAUCUGCCUUACUGUUGGAAGGACCUUGGCUAUUACCUGAGGUUAUCUCUUAUCGUAAUACCCAUGAAAUAGAAAGUUAUGACAGAGGGAGAAUUUGAAUGAUGUCAUGCUCAGUCAUUCCUGAUGGGUGUUUCUGAGCCUUACUUACAUCAACCCUACUCUAUCCACACAUUAGAUACUUGAUUACCUACUUUGGUACGGUUCUCUAUUUAAUAUAAUCUCCCAAUGCCUUUACAAAAGCUCCUGACUUAUGUUGUACACUGAACAGAGCAGUUCAGGGUUGUACUGCACUUGAUUGGAAGCGUGUUUCUAUCACUCGGAAAUCAAAGCAACACAAACAAACUUGCACCAGAGUGGUUGCCAUGGAUAUGUGGCCACUCUGAGCUUAUUUUAAUUAGCUCUGCUUCUUAGAGGCCCUGGUGUAAGGGUUGGUGUGAGGUGUGACCCAGGUGUGGUGCAGGAUAGACAGUAGGCAGUAGGCAAGGAUGGUGAAACAAGGAUCUUUACAGGUGGUCCAAAAACCAGGAUACAAAACAACAGACUAUACACGAAAACAAAUGAGGAGCACAUAGGUCUCCAAAAAACAGGCUGACGGCAAACAAUACGAAAUACUAACUCUGACUGGAAAAACACCAUGACACAGGGAGAACACUUCUCGAGUACCUGUAACUCCGUCACGUGAUCCGACACUGAAACGUACUGCUUGCCAUCAAGGAACUAGCAGAGAAAACUGAGUAGGGAACACAGGGAAGUGAGGGCAUAAAUACACAGGUGAAUCAGAUAGCCACAGGUGACACCAAUAGGCAGAUAAUUAGUCCCAACUGUGAGUGAGGAGGUGCCUAAGGUUGUCGGAGGAUGACACCUAGUGGGUCGCUCCGGAACUGCGACCCACUCCUGUAACACCCCUGGCCAAAACAAAGCCACUAAUUUGGUUAGAUAUACAGUAGUUUAGCUAGACCAGUUUGUACCAGAAUAUGCUGAAGAAAUGUAUAAUCCAUUAGUGUGUUUACAUAAUAAACAUUUAGACCUACUGCAAAUCCUAUUUUUACCUAUGAAACGCUGUAUUCUAGUAAUUAAACUAAUGAGUCACUUGAAUUAACAUGUAUCCCUGUUUCACCCAUCAGGAUGUGCCCACCAAACUGGUGGCCAAGGCAGUGCCUUUACCCAUGGCAGUGAGAGGUCAUUGGUUCCUGAGCCCGCGGACAGAGUACUGUGUUGCUGUGCAGACUGCAGUGAGACAGGCAGACGGAGAGUACCUGGUGUCUGAAUGGAGCCAGGUGGUCGAGUUCUGCACAGGGGGUAUGUCAUAGAAGUACAUAUAUUUCUAUAGCAGGACGUUUACCAAUGAAAUGCAGGCCUUAUGACCUGCUCUUGAGUAUUGAUUCAAUUGAAUAUGCCUACAAAGGGUUUGAACCAGGAACUUCAAAACUGACAGUUUUUGUAUGAAACAGAUUAUGCCAUGGACCACCUCAAACAGCUCCUUGGUAAAGCACAGGUUUCUGCUGGAAGAUUGCUGCGGUUCUCUGUGUUCUAUCGCAACCAGCACCCUGACUACUUCCACUAUGUCAGGUAAGUACUAUACCAUACUCUGUAAAUACACACACGUAUAGGGAUGUACUUGUGAAGUUCAACAACAAAAUGUUUCUCCUUUUCUGUUAGAACUGAGUGUGGGGGGCUGAUGCGCCCAGCCCUGAAAGACAAUAGUGGAAGUCACGGCUCACCUAUCAACAGCAAACUGCAGGGAGUCUUCCUCAGCUGCAACACUGAGUUUGACACAGGUCUUCCUCCAAACGACUCCCCCUACGGCCCCCUGCGUUUCCAGAUCCCGGCCGGGAACCUGCUGAAUCCCAACACCAAUCUUUACUUUGCUGACUUCUACUGUAUGUACACAGCCUAUCACUAUGUGGUGUUGGUGCUGGCCCCUGCUGGCUCAGAGGGGGAUAACUUCUGCCGUAGUAGUCUCCCCCUGCUGGACCUGACUGCCAACCCCUUCCUGACAUACAUCCCCCCCCAGAGGCAGGGGGAAGACCCCCUGUUCUGCCAUGCCAGUGAUGUCAUCCUGGAGGUGCUCUACACAGAGCCGCUGUCUCUGGAGCAGGGCAGUGUGCUGGAGAUCAGUGGCCACCACCAGAUGAGCCAGACCACGGCCAACGCCAAGAAGGACCCCAGCUGCAAGGUGUGCAACAUCAGUGUGGGCCGCUGA